AUGUCACAUCCCCGCUACAUUCCAACCGGAGAAUGGAUCCUCUGCACCAACACCUUCACUGACAUCAGCCCCAAAGACCUAUUCAAGAGACCUUUCACCGGCCGCCCCGUCUUCGUCUUCCACUCACAAGAGGGCGCUACUACAGUUGUCCAAGCCCUGUAUUCUUCCCUAUCCUUACAACCCUGGAUGUCAGGCUGGACCACCGCACUUGAACCGUACGAACCGGAUUCAUCGGGUGGAUCCAACGGUUUCGCAGUUUAUAAGAUGGUAGGCGAGUCUGUGGGUGAAGAGGGUGAUGUAAAGGACUUGGUGUAUGGAAGGUUGUGGUGGGUGUUGUUUGUGACUGGGAAUCGGGUGAUGGAGAAAGGAAUAUUCGAUGCGAAAUACCGAGAUGCUGAUUGGGACAAAGAGAGGGCGUAUGAUAGGAGGAAUGAACAGGAUAAUGCGCUCGUGAUGAAGUGGUUUAUCGAGGAGGUGAGGAGAGAUGUCAGUGAGCUGACAAGGAGUGCAGUUCGUGGUGCUUGA